UUUCCGUUGGUCGUGCACGUGACCAUUCAACAUGUCGUCCCAUUUAAAUUGGAUGAUUAUUCGUAAUAACAAUGCGUUUCUCUUAAAGAAACGCAACAUUAACAAGCCUUUUUCUACGGAACCUAACAAUUUAACCAAUUUAAGUAGUUACCGUUACUCGGGUUUGAUUCAGAAGAAAAGUGUUGGUGUUGUUGAUACCCCUGAUAAAAAAGGAUUUACAGUAGUGUAUAAAAAAACUAAAUCAGCAAAGAAACCUGCAAAGACUACAGUUAGAUGUACAUUAAAGUCUGGAGCUCGCCGUUCUUUAUACAAAUUAAAGAGAUUGCUUACAAAGAACAGAUAUCGUGUAGAUUUGACAAAGGUUGCAUUACGUCGCGCCAGCGCCGUAUUGCGUUCCCAAAAGCCUUUACCUGCUAAGAAGACCCGCACAACCAAAAAGGCUGAUUAA